AUGAAGGCGUUGUUGCUGUUGUUUUUAUUCGCUAGCUUCUGCUGUGCACAAAAGAAAUCCGAGAACACCACGAAAGCCGCGGUCGACGCGACGGUUCCGCUGAUUCUGAAGGCGACGCUACCGCCGCUUCCGGCGGCCCAGGCGGUAGAUCGAGGCCGUUAUCUCGGGGAUGACGAGAUCCCUACCUAUGAGCCCGACCUGCCCGAGGAGGACGAGCAAUCAGACGAGCGCGAAGGCGAUAGGGACAGUGAUGUUAGUGAAGAAAGGAAAGAGGAGGACUUUAUCGACCGCCCGACCUUGGAUCGUGUCCCGCACCCGGAAGUCGAGAGACCGGAUGUUGUUUCCGUCAUCUCGAGCGCGUUCAAUAAUCGAAAAACUUUCUCAUGCCCAAAAAUCAAGACCGACCUGCUCACCGGCACUAGCAUCGGCGACCUCAGCCCCGAAGACGUCGGCAUCAUCGCGUCGAUGGGCGACGCCGUGGCGACUGGCGAAGGGCUGUGGCCACAGACAGACAUCGAAUUCCGAGGUGCCGCCUUCCCGAUCGGCGGUGAUGCGACAAUUGAUGGGCUCGUCACGAUUCCAAAUAUCCUGCGUGAAUUCAAUCCGAGGUUGACGGGCGUAUCGCACGGCAUGGGUACGCGGGAUCAGCUUCCGGCCCAUCAGCUCUCCGUCGCUGUAUCGAAUGCCACAUCUUCCAGCAUGCCGGAGCAGGCCACCGAACUCGUCAGACGCAUCAAAAUUUUGCGAGACGCCGACUUUAAUAACGAGUGGGUGAUGGUGAUCAUCACAAUUGGGACGCAAGAGGUCUGUGCGCAUUGCCGGGGGCCCGAUGUGGCCGCGCUGCAGCGCGCUAUUGAUAUCUUGUCAAUGGGCCUCCCAAAGGCGCUCGUCGUACUACUCGGGCCGGUGCACGUCUCCAGCGCGUUCAACCAGAAGGCCAACCUGCUAAAAACUCGCUGCUCGUGCUCCCGGAAUCAAUCCGGCGGCUUUAUGGACGAGCUGAGCGAUUCGUGGCAGAAGGCUUUCCAAAGGCUGCAGAAAGAUGCCGAUGAGCAUCCUUUCAAGCGCCCGACGUUUGGUCUGUUAGCUAUCCCGAUGCUAACGAUCACCUCACGGUUCCCCUACGGGCUUUUCAUGAAGGACCGGCCGCUGCUUAAUCGACGUGGCCAUAACUAUGCGACAAAGUGGUUGUGGAAUCGAUUGAUUGCCGGUGACAAAUACAACCUAUCAUCUGCUACUCUAUCCCAGGAUAGCUACUAUUGUCCAUCAACGGGCUGUCCCUACUUCCGCACGACCGCAAACGCGAGGGCCUGCCAAUUGCUCAGCCUAACGGAGGCAAAGGACACCGAACUGACCCUCGGCAGUCGGGGGAAAGUCUUGAAAAAGCCCCGUCGAACCGUCAAGAAGCUCUACACGAUCGCCGCGUGCAUUGUAGUGAUCGCUUUUUGCGUGGUGAUCACCGUGGGCACAAUAUUCUACCAAAAGAGCAAACAGUCUCGGCACGGCCGAUUCGAGAUCGUCGACGAGGCGCAGAAAAAGUUUGAGGAGGCAAAAGCCGAGGAAGAGAAAGCCCUGAUCCAGCGGGCCAACAGCCGCCUCGAGCGCAGGCUCGAGACGACCAACGACGAGUCGAGCGCGUUA